UAAGUUCAUUUUUUGUUUCGAACAAAUCAAAUUUUAUCCAGUUGCUUUACAGGAGAGGGAAACAGUGCGACUCAGCAGACAGCACCAAUCAACUAUGGCGCUCGUACUCUCUCUCCGCCUGCUUCUCUCUGCGGACACCAACAGACCUUCUUCUUCUCUUCUUCCUUCUUCCCCCAAGUCACUCAAGUUUGAUAAGAGAACAAAAACAUCCGUUUCUACUCCUAGAAAAGGUAGUUUCAAUCCCUCACACAAAAUCCAGAAGGUGAAUUUGGAGGUUUCUCCUCACAGAGCUGUUUCGGCGGUGAGAUUGAUGAGAAUAGAGAUGGGAGGUGCUUUUGCUGAUCUUCUCAAUGAGAAAGGGAAAGGUUCUGGUGAAAAUGAGAUGGGAUAUGUUGGAAGAACUCUUGGGUUUCGUACACGGGAUUUAGAGGAUCGUGAUCUUAGACUGGUCACUGAUAUUGUUGGCGGCACUAUCCGUUGGAAGAGAUAUCUUGAUCAUUUGAUAAGUUCACUGUGCAAUGAUGGAAACACAUUUGCUAGGAUGGAACCACUUCUUUUACAGAUUCUUCGAAUUGGUUUCUAUGAGAUUGUUAAGCUGGAUAUGCCACCAUAUGCUGUUGUAGAUGAGAAUGUGAGGCUUGCAAAAGUUGCCCUUAGACAUGGUGCUGGCAACUUGGUUAAUGCGAUUCUCCGGAAGCUUGUUCUUCUCAUGGAAACCGAUUCUCUUCCUCUACCCAAAUUGGAGGGCGAUGACCGCGCGCAAGCACGUGCUCUUGCCACUUUGCACUCUCAUCCUGUUUGGAUGGUGAGGCGAUGGACAAAGCAUCUUGGACAAGAAGAAGCAAUUAGAUUGAUGAUGUGGAAUAACAGUGAUCCUAGUUUCAGCUUAAGGGCAAACAGCGGGAAAGGUGUCUCAAGAGCUGACCUUGUGACCAAGCUUAAUGUCUUAAAGGUUUCGCAUGAGCUCUCUUCGCAUUUGAAUGAUUUUGUCCGUAUGAAAACAGGGUUGCAGUUGGUCAUACAAGCGGGUCUAUUGAAAGAAGGUUUAUGUUCAGUUCAGGAUGAAAGUGCAGGUCUAGUAGUUUCAGUUGUAGAUCCUCAACCGGGUGAAAGCAUUAUUGAUUGUUGUGCUGCUCCUGGAGGAAAGACGCUUUACAUGGCAUCCCUUUUGAGUGGCCAAGGUGUGGUAUAUGCAGUUGACAUAAAUGAAGGCCGGUUGAGAAUCCUCAAAGAGACGGCUAAGUUGCACCAAGUAGAUGGUGUGAUCACCAAUGUGCAUUCGGAUAUCCGUACUUUUUCUGAUAACAAUAGUACGAAGUGUGAUAAAGUUCUGUUGGAUGCUCCAUGUUCUGGACUGGGUGUUCUCUCGAAGAGAGCAGACUUGCGUUGGAACAGGAAAUUAGAGGAUAUGGAGCAGCUGAAAAGUUUGCAGGAUGAGCUUCUCGAUGCAGCUUCUCUAUUGGUCAAGCCUGGUGGUGUUUUGGUAUACAGUACCUGCUCUAUAGAUCCUGAAGAGAAUGAAGAGAGGAUAGCUGCAUUUCUUCUCAGGCAUCCGGAAUUUCAAAUAGAUCCCGUUGGCAGAUACGUUCCACCUGAAUUUGUAACAGAACAGGGUUUCUAUUUCUCCAACCCUGUAAAGCAUUCCCUCGAUGGGGCAUUCGCUGCUCGUUUAACUCAAGCUUUAUAAAUGUUCAUUUGAAAGAAUUUCUUCGGAGCUAGAACUCCUGCGAAUUCAGUUCGAGUUCUUUGUUUUCUGAACUGGAGUCAGGUUCUGGAAAUAUGUUGAAACAAGUUUUACAUUUUUCGCGGGUUGCGAUUGGGAGGGUACAAUUUUGUUUCAGUGGGAACUGAACUCGCCGGAUAGGUUAUUUGCAUGGCGGAAAACGUUCUGAUAUGCUUAAGAGAGAAUGAAGUCAUAGUUUCUGUGCUGGUGAUUGAAGAAUGUUUAUGCGAAUCUAAACAUGUGAUGCAUGACGCAAAACCGAGCGUAGUGGCGUUCUAGGAUGGAUUCAUACAGCCAACUCUACUUAGUGGAUAAGUCUUGAUUGUUGUUGUUGGUAACAAUGUUACAUGGUUACCAAAUUUGGAAAAAACACAAUUUUCUUGUAGUUAUAACUUAUAAUGUUGACAAUGAUAAUUAUUUAUAGUUCAUCAAAUUCCGUUGUGGAGGAUGA